CUCCUCUACAAACACGCACACACACACACGCACACACGCACAGAGCCAACCUCACGACUCACAGCAGCGACCACAACAAAAGUGUCUGCCUGAGGAACCACGUCCACAGCAGAAGACGCGGAAGAUGGAAAACGCUCGCAAGGAAAGAGACUCGCAUUGCGUGGAGCCACGCUGCAGCUCUUCUUAAAUCAGCUGAAUUGUCCCAAAAAAAGGAUUUCCCUUCUUCUUUUGUGUCUCCUCCUGCUGGCGUGCACCCAUCAUGCGCGCUUCACUGGACUUCUACCAGCAAAUUUACGGACUGAUGAAACAUUAAGUCGUGCUGCGUUCAUGGACCUUGACAUCGCUCACGGACCUUGACAUCUUGUUUAGUUGAAAGCAAUUACAUUUUUUUUACUUUUUCUUUACAAGAGUUGUACUGGGUUGUUUUUUUUUACACCAGUGUGAGUGAGAGAUGGCGUGUCGAUUCCACGGGUGUUUUUCUGUGUAUUUGCACCUGAGCAGGUGGACAGUUGACGCCACAGGUGAACACAAUUGAAUGAACGAGUGGAUUCGGACGGUGAUUUCUGAUUCUGUCAACUAACACGCACACACACAGCGUCGUGGGGAUGGAUCUGAAAGUGGAAAGGGAAGAAAUGGACACAGAUCAACCGCCACCCAUUGAAGUUUUCGCGCACAGGUCCACUUUGCACGGCAUCGCGCACAUUUUCACCUACGAGCGCUUCUGCUUCAGACGCUUCCUGUGGCUCGUCUUGUUCUUCGCCUCCCUGGCCGUGUUGUUGUACGUGUGCGUGGACAGGAUCCAUUUCUACCUGGAGUACCCUCACGUCACCAAACUGGAUGAGGUCACGACCCCGAUCAUGACGUUCCCCGCGGUCACUUUCUGUAACCUGAACGCAUUCCGCUUCAGUCAAGUGACACGCAACGACUUGUAUCACGCAGGGGAGCUGCUGGCGCUGCUCAACCACAGGUAUGAGAUCCGAGACUUGCAUCUUGUGGAAGAAAGUGUUCUGGAAAGCCUGAAGGUCAAAGCCGACUUCCACAACUUCAAGCCGCGACCUUUCAACAUGUUGGAAUUCUACGACCGCACCGGUCAUGACAUCAACGACAUGCUGCUGUCUUGCUACUUUCACGGCACCGAGUGCAGAGCUGAAGACUUCAAAGUGGUUUUCACUCGUUACGGCAAGUGUUAUACCUUCAACGCCGGCGGUGACGAUCGCCCUCCUCUCAUAACCACCAAGGGAGGAAUGGGAAACGGACUUGAACUGAUGCUGGACAUUCAGCAAGAUGAGUACCUUCCUGUCUGGGGAGAAACAGAUGAGACAUCUUUUGAAGCUGGGAUCAAAGUGCAAAUUCACAGCCAAGAUGAACCGUCUUUCAUUGAUCAGCUCGGGUUCGGAGUAGCGCCUGGGUUUCAGACCUUUGUCUCCUGCCAAGAACAGAGGCUGAUAUAUCUUCCACCACCAUGGGGAGAGUGCAAGGUAACACCAAUGGAUUCCGACUUUUUCGAUACUUACAGCAUCACAGCCUGUCGCAUUGACUGUGAAACACGCUACCUGGUGGACAACUGUAACUGCCGCAUGGUGCACAUGCCCGGCGACGCACCCUAUUGCACCCCAGAGCUGUACAAAGAAUGUGCUGAUCCUGCUCUUGACUUCCUGGUGCAGAAAGACAAUGAUUUCUGUGUGUGCGAGACACCAUGCAACAUGACCAGAUACAGCAAAGAACUGUCCUUCGUAAAAAUCCCCAGCAAGGCCUCUGCUAAAUAUCUUGCAAAGAAAUACAACAAAUCGGAGCAGUACAUUAAGGAAAACAUACUGGUAUUGGACAUCUUUUUUGAGGCUCUCAACUAUGAAACUAUUGAACAAAAGAAGGCUUAUGAAGUGGCGGGACUUUUAGGUGAUAUCGGUGGUCAAAUGGGACUGUUUAUCGGUGCCAGUAUACUCACCAUUUUGGAGCUAUUUGAUUAUCUUUAUGAGGUGAUGAAGUACAAGCUGUGCCGCUGCUCUGAUAAGAAGCUCAAACACAACAACAAUGAUCAGGGUACUGUGCUGAGCCUUGACGAUGUCAAGUGUCACGUCAGUAACUUUCAUUAGGAGAGUCUCAGAGAGGUUUCAUGGACUCUGUUCAGUGCUGUGUGCCAACAGACAAAGUGUCUGAACUGUGCCUGAACUUGCGGCUGAAGCGAAGAAAAAAAAGAAAAAAAAACGACUCAAAGGGAUUGCAAUGACUCUCAAGCGCCGUAUGGCAAUCUGUACACAGCUCUUUGAUUAAUACAGUUCUGGCGAUGAUCGCUGAAUCAGCAUAAAAAAUGUUGGUUUGUUUUUGUGUGAAAAUGGUGACUUGCAUGUCAGUUUUCAACGAAUUAUUAUUUGUAUUUUCAUGUCAUUCAAGACAAAAAAAAAAAAUAGUACAGUCCUUCCUUGUUGACUGGCAACAUCAUGACAAUAUAUUAUUCUACCUCAUCGUGCAGGUCGACAUUAUAGCUUACCUGACGUAUGCACAGCAGGUAUUUACAAGAACUUUUAAUAACUCAAAAUGUAGUAAAACCUCUCAUGCUACUGUUGAGACUAAUAUUCAUCCAAAGCCAGUUCAAAAUGUCUGUAUUAAAUAUCAAUACAUGCUAUUUUCCCUUUAUACCUGGCAAAAACAAAAACCGGCAUUCAUAUUUCAUUCCGUUCAAUUGUUGAAUGUCUCCUCUUCUAGGGCUGAAGUUGCAUGUAGCACCGUGCAGCUGUCUAAAAUGUAAUUUAUGGAUGAAUAUUUAACCUCUCCGUAUACUGUAUAUAGAGUUUGUACAACAAUGUUGUACAGUAAAGGCUGAAGUGUUGAGACCUACGAGUUGUUUUUCAGCAGUGCCUAUUUGAAAGUUUGUCUCAGUGGUUUUGUGUUGUAAGAUUCUGUGAUAUAUUGUGUAUAUAUAUAUAUAAAUAUAUAUUGUGUAUAUUCACUUAUGCUCAUUGAGCUCAAAGCUAAGCUCUAAAAAAAAAGAAACUAUGUCAUCAGAUUGCAUUAAAAUAUAAAUACUGCAGUAGCUAUGGACAAUAAUAGUAUUAUAUUAGCACAGUAUAAUUCUAUACAGUGUACUAGACUUGAUGUGGGAUUGUUUUCUGUAUGAAAGCAUCAGUAAACUAAAUGAAUAUCGAUUAAUUCUCUUUUUUCGUAUUAUACAUUGUGUAUCAAGUACAUUUGAAAUUAGUAGAUUAGAGAGAAGCGAAGAGUCUAGUCCAGGGGUGGGCAAACUUUUUGACUCGCGGGCUGC